GUGAGUGUUCCAUGGUCUCUAGUGGAAUUUGCCAUAUUUGGAAUGUGAAUAAUUUUACUGCCUGCGGCUACUUCCUGUAGGGUGUGUGAGUGAGUGGAUGCUCCGAGGUUAUAGGUUGGAACGAUCAUCUUUUAUUGCUUUGGAUACUUACCGUUAGUAAACUGACUUACAAAAACUUGUUACAACUAAACUUGUAGAAACCAAAAUGUCAAAGUCUUUGAAAAAGAUAGUAGAGGAGAGCAGGGAGAAGAAUAUGCCAGAGGUAGAUAUGUGUGAACGAGGCAUUUCCAAUAUGCUGGAUGUGCCAGGGCUGUUCACCUUGUCUAACAUUACUCAGCUCAUCCUCAGCCAUAACAAGCUCACAACCGUUCCACCAAACAUUGCAGAUCUGAAAAAUUUGGAGGUUUUAAACUUUUUCAACAACCAGAUUGAAGAGCUGCCGACACAGAUUAGUAGUUUGCAAAAACUGAAGCAUCUUAACCUUGGUAUGAACAGAUUAAACACUUUACCACGAGGAUUUGGGUCUUUGCCAGCAUUGGAAGUCCUAGACUUAACCUACAACAACUUAAAUGAAUCUUCUCUAUCUGGGAACUUCUAUUACCUAACCACUCUGCGUGCACUCUAUCUAAGUGACAACGAUUUUGAAAUCCUGCCUCCAGAUAUUGGGAAACUCACCAAGUUGCAAAUAAUCAGCCUUCGGGAUAAUGACCUCAUAUCAUUGCCUAAAGAGAUUGGGGAACUCACUCAGCUUAAAGAAUUGCAUAUUCAAGGAAACAGACUGACUGUAUUGCCCCCUGAACUUGGUAAUUUGGAUCUUACUGGCCAAAAGCAAGUUUUUAAGGCAGAGAACAACCCUUGGGUCACACCAAUUGCUGACCAGUUCCAGCUGGGUAUCUCCCAUGUUUUUGAAUACAUUCGUUCGGAAACUUACAAAUAUCUUUAUGGGAGACAUAUGCAGGCCAACCCUGAGCCGCCAAAGAAGAACAACGAUAAAUCAAAGAAAAUCAGCCGCAAGCCACUGGCAGCCAAGAAUAAAUAAGCCACUAUGGGGAUAGGGAUUUAAAGGGACACUUUCACUAUAAUUUCUAUGGGGAUUAAACGCAAGAAUAUAUAUAUAUAUAUAUAUAUAUAUAUAUAUAAUACAUGGUUCACAAUAUCUCUGUGUUAUACAUUGCAGUAUGAUUCCUGGCCCUAGAAAUACAUGUCUAUAAACUGUGAGACUGUCCUAUUUCUGGAUAAGUCCCAUGGUCUUGGUGGUCACUCCUUUAAAUGCCCAUUUUUUUUAUAUAUAUAUAUAUAUAUAUAUAUAUAUAUAUAUAUAUAUAUAUAUAUACAGGUAGUCCUCAGUUUACGCCGGGGUUAGGUUCAAGGAGGAAUGGUUGUAAAUCGAAACCGUUGUAAAUUGAAACCCGGUUUAUAAUGUAAGUCAAUGGGAAGUGAGGGAGUUAGAUUCCAGGCCCCUCUCAAAAUUGUCAUAAGUAACACCUAGUACAUUAAUUUUUAAAGCUUUGAAAUGAAGACUUUAAAUGCUAAACAGCAUUAUAAAACUAAUAAUAUAGAUUGUAUCAUCAUCAAACUAAAUUUAAUGAACAAAAACAUUUGCUAAGCAGUACCUAAUAAAAUAAUCACACAACAGACUGCAUCAUCAUCAAACUAAGUUUAAUGAACAAAAACGUUUUUUUACUUGCAUUUUUCUGCAUCGUUAGCAUGUUAGAUAAUAUUCGGUCUGCACCUAUUCUAUGCAUUUCAAUCUGCAGUUAUCAAUAAGCAGUUAGGCACCCUCACCUCAAGCUGCUGGACAGGAAGAUAAUAGGGAAGUGCCUGCUAAAUUUUGCUCGAUAGAUCUGGUCUGAUCUGUGUACACAGAUCAAUUUAAGGCUAAGUUGCAUAACUUUGCUGCAAAACAAGCGGACAGCUCCACCUACUGGCUAUUUUAAUUAGUGUGCUUUGCUUUCCAAAGCUUUUCAAUAACAGUCACAUGACUGAAAAAAGGUUGUUAUUCUGAAACGGCGCAAAUUGAACCGGCAUAAACCGAGGGCCACUUGUGUGUGUGUAUAUAUAUAUAUAUAUAUAAAUAAAGGAGUAGUCCCUGGUGCAUUGGUGGGGAACCACUGGAUAUUCACUCUGUUCCACUGUAUCUAGGUGUUCUGUAUAUGUUAUAUAUACCCCUUUAUUAAAUGGUCACACACCUAUUAAAGUUGUCUCUGAAAUGUAUAGGGAAUGCAAAUAUUAACUCUGGGGUAAAAAUAAUUAUUUGUAUAUCUACAUAGGAACCAGAAGUAACAUUCUAGGAAUUUUGAUUCCCUGAAAGUCAGAAUUUGUAAAGCCCUUAUAUCUUAUGUUUAUUUACCUUGCCUGCUGCACACUCACAGCCAUCAGGUCAUACCAUUGAACAUCAUAAUGUUGUAAGUAAUGAACAUGUAACCAAUGUUGAAUUUCAGUCAGAGCAAGUAAACCAAAUGCUCAUCAAUAUUCCCCUUUGAAGAUAAAUACAAAUGUGCAUUUACAUUAUUUAUUUCCUCAAAAUGUACUUUUAGCUUAAAUAUAAUUGUACUCUGAUGUACUGAAAGAACCAUUACUGAUAUAUUAUAGUGGCAUAAUAAUGACUGUUACACUUUUUAUAUUUAAUUAUAUAUCAGUUCACAGGCAUUCGCUCAUUUUGCUGUUCUUCAUUUAUUCCUAUAUUUACACACUAUAUUAUCUUUUUUGCAUUGUCAUUUUGGUUUCAAAUGCUUUUAAUAAAUGUAUUAUCUGGAA